AUGACGCGCUCUGUACAGAGAUAUUUCUUCGCGUUCGUUCUGCACGUUCUCGCGGUUCGUUCUUCCACGCAAGAGUUAUCGCUGAAUGUCAACGUGAAGAGACCUGUAGCAGUGACCGACGAGAAGUUCCUCAGCUUCACCGUUGAUCCGGUAACCCUGCUGGCCGGAAGUGCGCUGAGCACGGAUUUCGAGAAGAGCAUAAACUUGGCGAGAGCUCUUACACCUGCGUACGUACGACUCGGUGGACCACGUAGCUCUCUUUACUGUUUCACCAGUCAGAAUUCUCAAGACAGCGAGAAGAAGAGAAAAAUCGUGUUAUCUGAGUCUGACUGGGUUCUGACCCAUCAAUGGAUAGAGAAAACGGGGCUAGAAGUGAUAGCUUGCAUCGCGCCGGACGAUAAGAAAGCUGAGGUGCCCGAAGAUGUGAGAGAGAUCGUUUCCUUCAGCGAUCAUAUGGGUUUCUACACGAACUGGCAGCUAGGAUAUGAGUGUCAGACCAGGUGCAAUUUAUCGGCGAGCGAUCUUGGAGAGCAGACAGUGAACCUGAGAAAAUUAUUGAACGAAUUUCCUAGAUACUCCAAGAGUAUCGUUACUGGGCCGGAUGUAGUGAGUUACAGAAGUGAAAAACAGCGGAAGUACCUUCAGGAUUACUUCUCCGUCGCUGCUCCCGCGCUUUCCGCCAUCACGUGGCAUCCCGAUUUUGCGAGUAUUACUCUGGGCAACGAUGGAGUCUUCGUGCACCACGAUAAUUUAGACGACGAUAAAGAGGAUCUGCUGAAAGUCAUAGGCCGUUUCGUCAAGAAACAACCACUGUGGAUUGCUGAAUCGAAGCCAGAGGAGUGCAAGAAUUUGUACAUCGGAGCGUUAGUUUUAGCGAGGAGAUUAGGAAACGCGGCGAAAUUAAACAUAAACGUGGUGAUGAGGCAACCUGUGGACCUGACUCAGCCAACUCCAGAUUACUGGGUGUCCUUGCUCCACAAAACUCUCGUCGGUAGGGAGGUAUUCGAUGUAAAUAUGAAGACCAACGAGGACAAUCAUGUUUACUUCUAUUGUCAAUGUACGAAACCCUCUAAAAAGUACGAGAAGGGAUCUGUCGUGAUUUUUGGAGUGAAUUUGAGCCCUGAAGACGCGAGCGUCAGUUUGGAGGGAACGAAAAUUACCACGAUUCACGAGUACAUCCUUUCGCCAGGAUUCGACGCGUCUAAUAGAAUGUUUGCAGAGACUGUUUUAUUGAACAAUAAAUCGCUGAGUUUGAUCAACAACACCGUUCCGGACAUGUAUCCCAAGAUUCUGCAAGAUGAGAAUGAUUUGUAUCUUAAAUUACAGCCUGGUGGCAUUGGUUUUUGGGUAUUCCCUAAUUUAAUGGUGAAAUCUUGCAUGGAAAGUGACGAAAGGUCCAAAAGGGCGACACUUUCGAGUGUUCAAAUUUCAGAAAAUCUGAAUAAAGCGGAUAACUUGAAAUUUCACGUUACCAGAUCGGUACCAGCUCAGACAAACGCUAAAACUGAGAAAACGAAGCAGAGAAGAAUAUUCAAGAGAUCGAAUUUAAACAGAGAGCUGAGAAAACUGAAAAAAUUCGUAAGAGAUAACCUGCACGACUACGACGCGAAGAAAGCGUUAUUAAAUAUCAAAGAAUUGUCAAAUACCGAAGAAGAAAUCAGCAAUCGUGCAAAGAACGUGGAAACUUCGUCUGAGAAUAGCCUAGAAAGUAAACUUGAAGAAUUCAAAGAGCACCUUUUAGCGAUUAAAAAUCUGGCAAGAUCAAGCGAAACGAGGCCGGAGCUGAGAAAAUCGAUCAGCCAGCUGGUCGGUGAUUUGAUAUCCCUAAUGUCAAAGAUACAGACUGCUUUGGAAACUGUGAGAAAGGAAACCGACAACGAAACCAGACAAAAAUCCGCCGCUAAUAUCAGAGACCACCUGAAAGCUCUCUACGAUCUUUUAAUCCGCGUAAACCACCACGAAUAUUUCGAUAAUUCCGACUCGGCGGAGACUGAAACGGACGAGAAAUCAAAGAGGUCCAAGAGGGAUCUAUACGAGGAGUCUUUGAACCUGAAGAGGGAAAGUCUGGUAAGAAAACGAUCGAAGAACGAGGACGAUGUCAAAGGGCAAAGGGUCGAUGGAAAGAUUGAAAGGACGGACAACUCGAGGAAAGUGGUAGAGCCUAGCGUGGUGAAAUUUGGGGACAGCGAGAGUAACGAAAACACAUUUUACGGAUUCUUCAAGACGGAGCCAGUGGAAGGUUUCCCGAAAGGAGAUGUGUUCUUCGCCACGGUGAACUCUCCGCAGGGGAAUGAGAACUACGAUUACGCGAGGGAGGAUGGAAAUCGUCAAGGGAAACGUUCGGAGAUGGACCAACCGAAUGUUGAUCGUGUGCUGUUCGAAGGUGAGAGCGAUUAUCCUUUCUACGGGAACGUGGAAUUUAUGGGAAACUCUAAGACUUCCAACGGUAGAAUUGAAAAGGCCUCUGAUGAACUAUGGGAGAUGGAGGGCUACGGAUCUGGGGGAAACGAUAGAGCGUUUGAGAUCGCUGAAAUUCAACCUAGCGUCGAUCCUUACUACGAAUCGGCUAGCUUCUCGAAUAAUAAGAAUAGUUACGGCAGAACGAAUUUCAGUCCUGUUUUGACUAGUCAACCUUCGAUUCGAAGGAUUAAUUACGCCGAUAGAGGAAAUUUAGGAUUGACAAGUGACAGAAUGCCUGGUUAUGGUACAGGUUUGGAUUUUUCGAUAAUAGAUGAUCAUCCUGGAUCUAGGAAAGCUAAACGAGAGAGCGAAGACCUGCGUGCGAUACUUGAUCAAGAAAUGAUCAACGAGGAUGCUGCAAAUUCGAAGGAUUGCAAUUGCAGAGUCAUUCGUGACGCGAGAAGGCAAGCUGUCGAAUCUUUGGAAUCGGAAGAAAGCUUGAAAACUGGACCUAAGGAAGAAGUAAUCGUGGAUUUACAUAAAGACACGGUUCGUUCGAAUUUACAGGACGACGCAGACGCGGAGGUAUUUUCAGAACUGAGAGAUAUGUCGGUGGAGAGGCUAGAACUUCGAGACGAAGCUGCCAAUCCUAAAAUUGCUCGUGGUGCUAAGGCACCGGUGCAAAGUGAAUUAGAUCGUUCUGAAAAUCAGCGAGAUUCGACGUUGAAUUUAAGAGAAAACGAGGAUUCAGAUCAGAUGUUGAGAACGUCGAUUCCACGCGAUGGAGAGCAGCUUUUUCGCGACGAGAAGGGAAAGAAGAGUAAAGAGGAAACGACGACUGAUACUGGGAAGCAUACUUCGACUGGUCAGAAAAGUUCUGCACCCUUCGAUCUUGGGAAGCUUGCGGAAAGCAAGGGCAAACAUGAGAAGGAUCAGGCUCCAGAAAGUUCGAGCACCACGUACGAAACGGCCACUCUAUCGGAGCAGACUAUCGCCAAAGAAACGGAGAAAAGCGUCGGUAAGACGAGAAAUGCCGGUGCAAGCUCGAAACGGCAGGCCAAAGUACAAAUGCUCACCACUGACCGACCGUUAAUUGCCGAAGAUGCGAAGGAUGAAUCGUCGAGCGAUCCUGCGCGAACUAAAAAGCGAGUAAAGUCGAAAUCGAAGGAGGAGAGACCUCGAGAAUCGCAGCUCUCCGUAAGAGCGAAAACACUGAAAGCUUUGAGAGAAUUAUUCCGUGAACUGAAGCAACAAUCGAAGGAAUCUGCCGCGAAGAGAAAGUCGAUUAACAAAGCUGACGAGUACCAAAAAAAUCGAGCGUCGCAGGUUCAGAGGAUAAAGGAAAAUUUGAAGAGUAAAAGGGAGAUGACUUUGCAGAGAUACAACGAGGAUGUUCACGAAAUGGUGGAGAAAGUGGAGGACGAAGGGAAGAGGAAGUUGAAAAGAAGGGAAGUUUGGGAAGUGAUAAAAAAGAGCGACGAUUACAAAGACAUGGUGGAUCGAGAAAAACUGGCCUACGUUUUAAUGUACCAGCCGACGAAAUAUCGCGAAAGUAAGGAAGUACCGACGACGGAAAUUGUCAGAGCGCACAACAUCAGGGAGAGAGUGUUCAAUCCGAGAAAACAGUCCAACUUUCGUCAAUCGACGAUAGAACAUCCGAGUCCUGAUAAAUUACGGCAGAAAAUGAUUGGAAUAAGUAACCUGUACGAAAAUGAAGAAGCAAUUAACAAGGGGAAGGAUAAGUCUUACUUUGCGCUGGUCGAAGAUCCAGAGAGGCCACGGAUACUCUACUACCACCAGCAACAGCCGGAGAACGAGGAAAAAAGAAUAGUACAGGCAUCGUCGCCGCGCGCACAUCUUUACCAGUACACGUACAAUCAACCCCUGGAGAGGCCUUACCACGAGACUCUUAAGGCCGCUCGAUAUUCCAGCGAGGAAGAUCAAGAAGAAUCGGACGAACACCCCGAGGACAGGAAAAUAUACAUAAUCGAUCCUUCCGAGUACAAAGGAGGAGAGCCUGUUCUUCACUUGUACAGAGAACCGUACAGAUCCAGAGCUAAUCCGAAGACAGCCACGAAAAAUACCUACGACAUUGUUCUCCAGCCUGUUAACCGCAAGGCUUACAGAAUUCGUCAAACGGAGGAGGAUAAACGCGAAGACAGCGAUGAAAAUCUACCGAGAGAUCCCGAGGAGUUUCUGAAAAUCGUAGUCGACAACCUGGAUACGCAAACUGUCGAGGAACUUUAUAAAAAAUUGACAGAGAAUAAUACAUCGGGCGUUACGAAGCAGAAUUUCAUGCGUUCUAUUACCGCGGAGACAGAAGAAGAGGAAGGAGAAAAGGAGGAAGAAGAAUCGAAGGGAAUCGAGGAGGAGCAGAGGGAAAUUUCUGGAAGCAACGAAAACUCGAAGGGAAACGAAUCUUCGGAGGUACUUGAUACACAAGGGGCGACUGAACAGAGGGAAACUUAUCGAGAGGCUUGGUUGGAAAAAGAAACGCAACCUGUGGAGGCGGAUACCGUUUCUCAAGUAGCAGUCCUUGAGGAACAAGCCACAGAUAAUGAUCGUUCGGAAGAAGGUCCAGGUAAAUUGGAAAUAGAACAUACUCGUAGACGAAGAGAUACGAGCUCUCUGUCGGAGGAGGAAUACUCAAAAUGGUUGCCGUCUUUCUUGAUACGUAAACCGUCGCGAGCGGUACAAGACGGUGGACGAAGUAAUUAUUUGCGUUUGAAGAAAAAUCCAGAGGAAUAUUCGUCCAGGUUGUUUCAGAUUCUGAAAGGAAGGGAAGUCUACGAAGCGGUGCCUGUUAGAGAAGGAGAAGGCAGACAAAGUAGAUAUCGAAAUUUCCCUGAACGUCUGAAAAUUGUAAUCCCUUCGGUGUCGAGUGACGAGUACUCGUCGAUGGAAGUGAAUCCAAUUGUUGGCGUUAAAAAUCCAUACGGGAAACUAUUCGUAUACCGGGACACGUCAGACUCGGUGGAAAGAGGAUCAGAGGUGGAGAAAAGCGAGGAUUCUUCGUCCGAGUACAGAGAAGACGGGAAUACAUCCAACAUGUUGGAAGUUUCGAGCACGGAGGAGAAGGAGGAGGAGAGCGUCGAAAGAAGUAACGAGAAGAUGAAUUUGAGAGAAGUGUUGCUUUCUGAAAAACCUGAGGUGCUAAUGGUGCUCCCGUGGGCGGACAAAGUUAGGAGAAUUCGCAGGGAAGCGGAGAUUGAAGAGAAAAUCGACGACACCGGUAAUUCUGAAAAGGUGCAAGUGUCGGAGCUGCAAAGUUUAACAAGAUCUUCGAGCCCGAGGAUUCCAACAUUCAGCCCUAUUGACGAUAUCGAAAAAUCGCUGAUUCAGAAGAUCCCGCUGGAAAAGUUCACGACGAAGGAGGAUAUUAACAGAAAGAAGAAUAUAAGGAAGAAGAAAAAGAAGGACGAGGGAUUGCCAGGUCUUAUAGAGAAGAGUAUACCGACACUGAGAAACGUCGUUGUUGAUAGUUUGAAAAGAGCUGAAAAUUUGACCGGUUCGGUGGAAAAAUUGAUCGAGAAUUUGGACGAGAAGUAUAAUCAGUCGCUAACUGAUCAACAGAGGAAUUCGACCGAUACUAAACGGAUAGGUCCUACGCAAAAUGUGUUUCACAACGCAGUAGCGAACGUGAGGAAGUUUUUCAUGCUUCUCGGUGGAAUCACGCAUCUUCUUCGAGGAUAA